AUGAAGAUGUUUAUGUGUUCUAAAGCUGGUUUUAAGGUUAAGGCAAAUGCUGGUGUUAGGGCAUAUUCAAAAAUUGACAUAAGGACAGGGUGUGGUGCAUGUGUUCAGUUUGACGUGGGUGAGGAUGGGUUGUGGACGGUUACAAAACAUGUCAAAGUGCACAACCACGAGUUAUGUGCUGUAGACAAGAGUCAUCUUCUCCGUUCACAUAGAAAUGUGGGUGAUAAUCAGCUGUUAUAUUUAAAAGAUUUGAAGAAGAGUGGUGUUGCAAUGGCAGAUGGUAUUAGGUUUUUGAAACAUCAAGCAGGGGGGUCUCCAUUAAUUGGUUUCACUAAUCGAGAUGCUUAUAAUUCGAUUGCUUCCGAUACAUCAAAGCGUUUGGAUGGAACAGAUUCGAACUCAUUAAUUGAAAUAUUUAGGAAGAGGCAAUCGACUGAGUCUGAUUUUUUCUUCGAUUUUGAAGUUGAUUGCGAUUCAAGACUGUGCAGUUUUUUUUGGAGGGAUGGUCGGAUGAGACAAGACUAUGAGUUGUUUGGGGAUUUGUUGGUGAUUGACUAUAAGUGUCACAAGAAUAGUUGGAUACAAAAGUUGUAUGAUUGUAGGGAGAAGUGGUGUCCAGCAUUCAACAAGGAUUAUUUUUCAGGGGGCAUUUUAUCAUCGCAAAGGAGUGAAACUACUAAUCAUUCGAUUUCAAGAAGGCUGUCUAAGACUGCGGGUCUUUGUGAUUUUUAUUCAUCAUUUGUUAGUGUAAUUUCUGAAUGGAGAAGCAAAGAGAAUGGUGAAGAUUUUCGUUGUGCUCAAGGGGCACCCACUAUGAUGAUGGAGCACGUGAAACUUCUUUUACACGCUAGAGAGGUAUAUACGAUUGAGAUAUAUUUUUUGUUUGAGGAACAGUUUAUGAAAGGCAAUGCUUGUCAUCAAGAAAUGGUGUUGAAUGAUGGUUGUCAGUUCAAGUAUCAUGUAUGGCGUCCAGAUAUAGAUAUUAUAAGGCAUGAAGUUAGUUUUAAGUUGGCAACCUUGGACAUUUCGUGUAGUUGCAAGUUGAUUUCCGAGUUGGGAAUUUUAUGCUGCCAUUGUUUACGUAUUCUUCAUAUACAUUGUGUUUCUAGUAUCCCUAAUAAAUAUAUCAUGAAAAGGUGGACUAAAAAGGUUGCUGAUGGUAGGGAUGUGAAUACUGGUCCAAUGUUUUAUAGAGCUGGUGUCCCUCCUUCAAUUUGGGUUGUGGAGAUUUGUAGAAAAUUUCAAAGAUUGAUUGGCAUCUAG